AUCAAGCACCGGAAACGUGCGCGCGAACGCUGGUGUGUUAUUUUGCUUUGGCAGUGUGUAUGGAUUAUUUAGUAGAUGUUUAGUUUUGAAGACCAGUUUUUAAAGAGUAUUAACAAAUAGACUGUUUAGAUGCCUAAAGGAAGAGACGUUAUCAGGUGAUAAAGCAGCUGUACCAGAAGGAGACUCAGGGGAGAUGGCGCCUAAAGGUAAAGUUGGUACGAAAGGCAAAAAACAAAUCCACGACGAAAACCAGGAGACACUUAAAUUCUAUUGUAGGAUUGUGCUUGGAGCAAACGCCAUUUAUGCAGCAGUCAAUCUCUUGCUCUUUUACAACUCUUCUACAUUUUGGACAUGGUUUUAUCUACUGUUUGCAGCGAUGGUCUAUAUUGGCAGCUACAGAUCCAUGUCAGCAAUGGCCAAACCUGCAUUUGCUGAUGAUGGUAGCCUGCUGGAUGGAGGGAUAGACCUUAAUAUGGAACAAGGCAUGGCAGAGCACCUCAAGGAUGUGAUUCUUCUUACUGCUAUUGUUCAGGUCCUCAGCACUCUGUCGUCCUACUUCUGGUACCUCUGGCUCCUGGUACCUGCAAGGGCUUUGCAUUUAUUAUGGGUGAAUUUUCUGGGCCCUUGGUUUUCUGCUGAGUCACAGGCAGCCCCUGAAGAGAACGAGAAGAAUGAUAAGAAACAAAGGAGACAGGAAAGACGUCAGAUGAAGAGAUUCUAGACUUAUCCACAUUUAAAAAAAUGUACAUUCAUUGUACAAUAUCAAAGAACACACUAUCUAAGAUAUUCUGAGACAUUUGAUUUGACAGAUUAGUCCAGACAAUAGAUGGGCAAUGUGAAGUGUCUUCACUUUUUUAAUCUCUCACUUGUCAUCUGCUCUUCCAUCCUUCUCAGCAUUUUGCACCUUGCAUUUUUGGCCAGUCUCAAACUUUCUUGCUCAGGUGUACCAUGUUCAUAUUUGCCUGUUGACUGGGGUUCCAGCUCUUUUUGUGUUUUAAUCAUGAAGUUGGACAAAUGCCUUUGCUUACUAUAGUGAGCUAAUAAUUUCAUGAGGUCCACUCAUCAAUUGUAGGUAUUGCUGUAGCUUACAACUACAUGGCACAUUUUGACCUGAUUUUGCAUGAGGAGCCAUCAAGUCACACAGCAUUUCAGUUUGGCUUUUAGAAUUUCCUUGUAGAAAAAAAUAUUUAUUUGAAUGUGAGGUUGUAGUGUGAGCACAUCCUGUGAACAAUUAUUUAUCACAGAUAAUUUAUAUUUUGAUAACGUAUUACAUGCGAUACCUUGAGGAAAGAAUGCAGAAUGAAAGAUAAUUAUUAACUUGUGAGAGAAUCAAGGACUUUAUCUGGUUACAUCUAUUUUUAGCUUUGUGUUAUUUUGGGUGGGUUACUACAGGAAAACUUGUGAACAUGUGACCUCACUGUUGACUGGCCUUCAACAUGAGUUUUUUUUCAAUGGACUAAUGAAUGAUCAAAUGAUUGUUUCUGAACAAAAAGUCAUCUUGUCACAUCUCACAACCUGAAUUUGACAACCUGGUAAACACAAGCAUACCAAAUAAUAUAAAUAAACUGUUUUGAA